GAAGGCCAAAGAGGUCCGGCUUCGGGUGGAUAUGGGAGAUUCCUGCGUCGAAGCCUGCGUUUCGCCUCCCCCUGGGAAAGGGAAUGACACCUUCGUGUCAUUCUUUUUCCCGUUUUCGGGACUUGAAAAACGGAGGCGGCCUUGAGCGAUUGACCGACAGCUGUGUGGCUCUCCGGACUCACGUGAUGAGCAGAGCAAGGCCACCGUGGAGGGCACGGGCGAGAUUUGACAAAAAUAACUUUCCCCCGGCAAAAAAACAAACAAACAAACAACAACAACAACAACAACAACAAACAAUACGGCCGGAAGCAGAGCGCCGAACGAUUCGUCGAAGUCGUGUCGCCUGGCGAUUCUUGUAGUGUCCUGUUUGGACAUGCAAACAUUCCUGCUUUACGGAAACCCCAACACCACGCCCAUUGACCUACUUCGACGAACGCUGUCACGGGCAGUGGCAGGCACAAUGAUAGAAGUCCUCCGAGGUCAACUCCUAAUCCUCCGAGGAGAGAGGGUUCAGUUUUUUCUACUAUCCUAAUCUAACCCUUUCGUGGAACCCCAGUGGCUAUUCUUUUUGCGAGAGUGAACCCGCAAUCCUACUGCGCCAGAGAGACGCUUCCCAACAAUUUCUUCUGAACCGUGCUGGACGCGGAUCUUCAAGGUCGCGCACCAGUUGUCAGAGCUGAAGACGAUAAAACCCCUCACGAAAGCCAUUCGCAAGCAGUUGUCGUCACCUGUAGGAUGGCUACGGCAAGUGCAGCUUCAUCGCCUUGGCCAGGACUCAAUAAAUACUUCGAACUGACAGAAGCCAAAGAUGACAAUUUAAUCUUUAAGUGCCUUCUGUGUCAGCCACAGCUGAAGCUCUUAAGUUGUGCCAAGUCCUCAAGCUCCAACCUGAAGAAGCAUGUAAAGAAACUACACAAACAAAGCUUGGCUGCGUUCGAGGCCCUUUCAACAAAAAAGAGGGGAAUCAUUCAAGCGUACGAGAGCCCUGGAGCGAAUUCCACACAGCCAACAAAGCAAGCCAAGAUCGACGACUUAGUCCGCCAUCAGUCCGUGCCUCAGGUGCAGCUUGACAGACUGGUUGAAGAUUUUGUUAUUAAUGCCACGCAGCCUUUCUCGGUGGUGGAGGAGCCUUCAUUUGUGAAGUUACUAAAAGCAACAGCCCGAGAGAGGAACGUGCUCACGCGUCCGAUGCUCAUGACACGCCUUAAGGCGCGCUUCGAUGCCCUGAAGGACAGUUUGCGCUCAACGUUUCAGAAGCUCCAGUUUGUGGCAGUCACCGCGGACUGCUGGACUCGCUUUCACAGGUACUGUUCUUAG